AGCAGCUCAGGUUGUUUUCUUUCCCCAACCUUUCAUGGGCUCCUCUGCCUUCUUUCAAGUCUCUCCAAAACCCCAAGAAAAACCUAUUCCCUUUCCGUUUCUUUCUCCACCUGUCUCGCAUAUUCUCUCGCUUCUAUUCACAGAAUUCCUCGCUGCACGCCACACUCCUGUUGUCUUCUGGAUUGCAUGACAACGACAGGACUAGACAAAACAAGAAGCCUUCUCAAUUGAAGAAAAAGCUUGAAGCUUUCUUUUUCUACCCAUUCAACUCGCAUUAGCCUGAAAAGCCACAUUAGGGGGAAAAAACCCAAAAGAGUUGUCUUUUCUUCCAGCUGAGCAGGGCUCUCUUUACAUCCCUCAAUUUUGCCACCUGGUUGGUCUAUAGGAGAAGUGGGACAGUUUUGAAUGUGGAUUCCAUUGCUAAGGUUUGGCGGCUGUUGGGGAAUCUCUAUUCUUAGUUGAAAGAUGGUUGUGAGUCGUAAUGUUAGUUUUGUGGAAUUGGAAAGAACACAUUAUUUGCCAUGAGCGUGGGAACCGAGUGGUUCACUAUUACUUGAAGAAUGCUUUGGGGCAGUCCCUGUUAGCUGUGAUAGGGACUGAGCGGAGCAUAAGGCAUAUGAUAUACGUUGUUUGCGAUGGGUUCUUGGUUGCUUAUGGGUCUGAUUUUGGCAUCAGUGCCUCCACGAAAUGGAGAGCGAGACGAGAAGUUGUGGACUGGCUUGCCGCCAUGGUAUCCAGGGAUCAAGGUGUUGCAGGUGUUGAUAUAAAAGACUCCACCGACAGCUUGGGAUCUCUUGAGGCUGUUACCGGAUUGGCUCCGUUCAAUACUUAUUUGCCAGAGCAUGUGGCUCAGAGAAGACCAAAAGUCGAAAAAGCAAGCAUCGAUUGGUCUGGUGUUGAUUUGAUCUGUGCUAAACAGCUGAAGCCUUACCCACUUUUGACAAGGAACGGCACUGCUAUACCGGUGCAUUCAUUUGUGUUCAUCUUGGCUGAAGAGGAACAGCACUACCUUGGCUACUUAGAAGAUAUGUACGAGGAUAGGAAAGGCAAGAAAAAGGUGAAGGUUCGCUGGUUCUACCGCAGUGAGGAAGUCAACACUCUGAUUCCCUCAGCUAAACCCUCAUCCCAGAGAAGUCGUCAUAACGUCUAAUGUCCAGGUCAUCAGCGCAGAGUGUAUCGACAGCUCGGCGACUGUCUUGACACCUUAGCAAUCUAGAGGAAUGGGUCCCUGCUACUAAAGUGGCUGCUCCGGAUAAGUUGGGUAUAAGACAUGUUGGCCGCCAAACAGUUCGCCCGCCUCCUCCCUGUUGAUCUCAGGAACUCUACUUUUGAGGUUGGAGCGCCAAUUGAUGCAUGGUGGUGUGACGGCUGGUGGGAAGGUGUUGUUUCUGCAGCGGGAAAUGACCGUCUGCAAGUUUACUUACCUGGUAUAUAUAUUAUAUGGUG